UGUGUGUGUGUGUGUGUGUGUGUGUGUGUGUGUGUGUGUGUUGCUGCCGUGUUUGUGCGUGCAGCCCCGUUGCGAUCCCCUUGUUGGCUGCUAAUAGGAUUUUUAUGGGCACACGUCAAGCAGGAUAGAGCUGCCAAAGGGGAGCCGCUUCACACAUGCACGCGUUUGCGCCUGCCAACACACACAUACACAGAUAAUCUAAGAAGCAUUGUGGGCAGGGAAGGUUUAGACUUCCUCACACGCAUGUAAAGACAUCACGUACAAGAGUGCAGCCCUCAGUGCAGUGAGACACAUGGCGGGGGAGGGAGGGAGGAGGGGGCGUUGAGAGACAAUCACUUGUGUUGAUUCUCCAUGGUGCUGCCGACAGCUGGAUAACUGGCCCUCGCUGUUAAGUUGGGACAAGAAAACUCACAGAUAUUGUUUUACACGAUGGCAAAAUGAACGGUUUGUGGCGAGCUAACACCAUUUCAUCAUCAGUCCCUGGGAACACAAUGAACACUGGUGCAGAUUUAAAAAGUGAACUGAGGACAACAUGAUCUGCCCUGGUGCACUAAAAACAAAACUUUCUACCAUUAACUGGGACACGCCGCUUUUCGUCUGCGCUUUUUGUCAUUCUGCUUUCACUGUGGAUGAAGCCGUUUUUAAAGCAGUUUGGUUUCGGUCGCCUGGUAAUGAGUGGAGGACAGACAACCAGACAGAUGGAUGCAGCUCUUACGCCGAGAGACACAGACAGAUGGCUGUGUGUCCUUUUAGAGAGAAACUUUGAAUACUGAGACAAAGAGACUUUGAUUGAAUCACUAGAGCCUGUUUCGGACUUCUGCGGAUACAAAAACUGACACUGUAGAUUCAUUAUGGAACUCGUCCCAAAAACCAAGUACACCCACUUUCGGAGUGAGUCGCUGAGCUCAACUGAUGAAACAAACUCCAAUCCAUCAUCGUUCCCUCCUUCCUGUCCUGCCACCCCGCUCACUCCCUCCCCUGGUUUACCUUCUUCUCUCUCCUCCUCGUCUCUCACUCCUAUCUUGCCACCGUCUUCUCCCCGCCCGGCUGAGAACAGCCCCACCACCCUCUGCUCCUUCUUCCCCAGGAUGGGGUCCCUUCGCCUGGGUGUCUCUGCCACUCUCCUCCCAGGACUCAAGGCCUCAAGCAGGCCGCAGCAGCCUCGUGCUCUGGUCGAGUUCUACGGGGGCAACCGGAGCAGCUUCAGCUCCUCCCCUCCGCUUCAUCACCCAAUUCCCCCUUUAACCGCUCCUUCUCCCCCUCCUCGACCUCCUCUGCAGGACAUGAACCGGCUGGGAGGGGCGUCCAGGAAGGCCCGGGCGGAAGCGUCGGCCAGGAAGGCCCGCGUGGAAGGAGGGCAGCUGGGAGGAGAUGAGUGGACGCGCCAUGGCUCCUUUGUCAACAAGCCCACCCGCGGCUGGCUGCACUCCGACAGUGUGGUCAGCACCACCGGUGUUUCCUACAGUGUACGCUACAUGGGGUGCGUGGAGGUGCUACAGUCAAUGCGGGCGCUGGACUUCAACACCAGAACUCAGGUCACCAGGGAGGCAAUCUCUGUGGUGUGCGAGGCCGUGCCCGGAGCCAAAGGAGCCCAGCGCAGGAGAAAGCCCUCCUCUCGCUGUAUGACAUCCAUCCUGGGGAAGAGUAACCUGCAGUUUGCCGGCAUGACAAUCAGCCUCACCAUCUCGACCAGCAGCCUCAACCUGCUGGCCGCCGACUGCAAACAGAUAAUCGCCAAUCAUCACAUGCAGUCCAUCUCCUUCGCCUCUGGAGGAGACCCAGAUACAGCUGAGUACGUAGCAUAUGUGGCCAAAGACCCAGUCAACCAGAGAGCGUGUCAUAUCCUGGAGUGUUCAGAGGGUUUAGCCCAGGAAGUCAUCAGCACCAUCGGUCAGGCCUUUGAACUGCGUUUCAAACAGUACCUAAAGAACCCCCCCAAACUGGUCACACCUCAUGACAGAAUGGCUCCGUUUGACGGCUCUGCAUGGGAGGAAGAAGAAGAUGAUGAGGCCGCUCCACCUCCUGACGUCCCUUACUAUAAUAAUUUCCCUGGAAAACAGCCUCCCCCUGGUGGACUGAUUGACAUGAGGACCCGCCCAGGUGCCACGCUGCCUUACGGACAGCCAGGCCAGAAUGACAUUCACAAGCAGCCUCUGCCGCCUCUACCAGUGGGUGCCAAAGAAGGCGGAAGGGAACUGUUUGAUGACCCUUCAUACGUCAAUGUGGACAAACCCCGCCUCCCAGUUGCAGCUAAUGGAAAUGCUCACAGAGAUGCUUUUGACAUGAAGCCAUUUGACGAUGCCCUGGGAGUCUCUGUGACGGCAGCGCCCCCUCUGGUGCAGCAGCUGCUGUGCGAAUCCUGGUUCCACGGUAGCUUAAGUCGCAGGGAAGCAGAGAGGCUGCUGACCCGCGACGGAGACUUUCUGGUCCGAGAGUCUGGGACCACGGCCGGACAGUACGUCCUCACGGGACAGCAGGGGGGUCAGCCCAAACACCUGCUACUAGUCGACCCAGAAGGAGUGGUCCGUACAAAAGAUCAUCGGUUUGAAAGUGUGAGUCACCUGAUCAGUUACCACAUGGACAACAGACUCCCCAUCGUCUCAGCUGGGAGCGAAGUGUGUCUGCAACAGCCAGUAGAGCGCAGAGCCUGACAAUAUACACACACACACACACACACACACACACACACACACACACCAAUGAAUUUACUCCACCAAAUAUACACACGCUCCUGCAGCAAUUCAUCACAAGACAAACACACCUUUGUAUGCUAUAACACACACUUCAACGCUACCCUUAACACACACAUGCAGUAAUACAUAUGCACACACCAUUGCAAAGAAAGCCAAAAAAGAAAAAGAAUCACCAGUUUCUUUGUAAAAUCCCUCACUUGCUGCUGUUGCUACAUAUUCCUGUCCUCUCUGAAAGCCAAACUGUGACCUGCAGUCUUCUACACCAAACAACUAUCAGGCGCAUCACUCCUCAACGGAGAAGCACUGCUGCAAUUUCUCAACAGCCUACUGUGAACCAGGGAGGAGCCCUUUGCUAAUUUCCGAAAGGGCAGAAAACAAAUGCAAUUUUAUUUUAUUUUUUUUAAGGACAACAAAAAAUCUUAACAUGCGAUAAUGAAAAACAAAAAUACAGAACAUUUUACUAAUACAUGGAAUCUUGUACAAAAAAAAUAGCAGAACUGAAACGUGAAGAAAGGAGCAUAAAUGGGACAACGAAUGAGAUUUUCAGUGCUUUUAAGCAUUUGUUGUUUCAUACGGGGAAAUGAUUUCCCUCCUCAGACGGUUGCUGGAGCGUGUUAGGCAAAACACAAACUUGAUGGUAACGGUUCGUUGUUUCCGAAACAGACCCAGGCUCAAGCAUGAACUCUCCCCUCAAGUGUCACUGGAGCACUUCAGCAGCAAAUCUGACUUUGAAAAAGAAACAAAAAAACAUGGUGAAUAUGCAUUAACGAGUUUGCUUCCAAUCCAAUCAGGAGGGCCACCCGACCCCCAACCACUCCCCUUCUAAGGACUUUGAACUUCAACCACCUCCAGUGAUACCUGGUGAUGAUGAAAGCCUGUAUGCAUAACUGGGGGACUGCUAUACCGAUGACCACGUUCUCUUUUUAUUUCCAUCUGUUAUCUUGGGACUCAUUCCUUGUUGGACAUUCAGAGUUGAGGAGGAUCUAAACAGCUCUAUCUCCCUAAUCCCUCCGUAAACACAGUUACACAUACACCUUUAAGAACACACACGGUCUGCACCACCUGUCAUGCCAAAGAACAUGAACUCGGUCGCUAACAGCGGAGAAAGCCAUGACAAUUAUCAGUGUGCUUACAGCAUUGGGAGCAAGUUUAGAUUUUAGAAAGCAAAUGAAAAUAAGCCUGUUUUAGAGGGGAGAAGAAUCGAUGCGGUUAUGCCUGAAUACAUCAUUAAAAUGGAGAUUUUUAAAGUAAAUUGUGCGAUGAUGUCAAACACAAGAACAACUACAUUACGAAGAGCAUCACUUUGACCUGUUGCUUUUCAUUGACACCUUAGUAUGUGUUUUGCACUGACAAUCAAGGGUUGUGUCUUUACAGAGGAUUCUGACUGAAAGCGAAGGAGAGUAGUUAAAGAGGGGCCCCUUUAAACGUUGGCUCAUGAGAAAUGUUGAAUAGUCUAAGAAAUGAAUUUCCCUCUGCAAAAAAAAUGAUGCAAAAUAUGUCAUUGUAACCGGUUAGGUAAUUUUGUGCAUCGUGAUGUUGCUUUCAUUUGUAAUCACUUGAGGGAAUAAUGACCUUUUUAAAAAAAAAAAAAAAAAAGAAAAAAAAGUGGUUUGGGGGAGCAUUGCUAAUGUUAAGCUAAAUGUUGUUGAUGCUGUUUUCAAAACCUUGAGGAUCGGGGGUGGGGGGGUUCACGCUAUUGUUUCUCCUGUCCUCUUCUUCCCCCCCCUCAGUUCAUGAUGAUGUUGUUGUUUUUUAAUAUAUUUUUAAUUGUGCCUUGUUUCUUCAAUGCAGUCUCGUCACUUCAAUGCAGUCACCUUAUGUACUUAAUUCAAAUGUAGUGGACUACAGGAGAAUCUUACACAAGCCUCUCAGUUAAACAAAGACACUGCAAAAAUGACACUCCAAUAAACACACAAACGGAUCCAGUGAUGGCAAUCUCCUCUGAUGCACAUUCUUGCAUACAGCUUAUAGUCACAGAUACUUGAUGUCACCUUCAGGGUGGGGUUAUUUCCUGACCAUCUGUAUAUAACAUCCACUUUUGACUGGUCAGCUUAGUAUUGGAUCCUUGUUCUCAUAGUUGUAUCUUCAACGGUGUAAUUGAUAAGUAGCACAGACACCAGAGUGCUGAGGUAGCUCUUCUUAAAGACAGUUGUCAAAGAGAUCGAGGCCAAACUCUUGAAAUAUGAGAGGGAAUCUUUUUACUGUCGACUAGUUCUCAGAUUAUAUGUGAGCCCGGUUCAGGGUCUAACAUGCACGCACACAAACACUCGUACCAGAGUGACAUCUGGGUCAGUCAGGUACUCGCACUCAGCCUGUUAAGGUGUUUGUAGGUCUGAGAUGGGAAAACCAGAGCUUUAAGAUCUGCCAUUACUGUGUGUGUGUGUGUGUGUGUGUGUGUGUGUGUAUGUAUGCUGAAACACACCCACCUGCCCCUCUGCAUGAUUAGUGACCCAGUCUUGUGCUGUCAUCGCUCAUCACAGAUGCCUUUGUUGCAUGAAAAUCCUUUAAAAAAAAAGAAAUGUGUUAUUUGUUGUUGGUGGUGGUGAUAGUGUUGUUGAUGAUGAUGUUGUAUUUUUUAAGUUGUGAAAGCCAAAGUUUACUUUCAAAUAGCGUGCACAGAUAUUCAUUUUUACUCUAUACGUUUCUGUUUUAAUACUUUUUUUUUGUUUGUUUAUAGGGAAACAUUUCUGUUUACACCUGUAUCUGAAAAUAUAGAUUGCAUAUAUAAAUACGUAUAUCAUU